AUUCAGUCGGAAGAGCCCGAACCGGUCGGAACAACAGUCCUUGGCGGAACACGCCGGUCCCAGGACCACCUCGGAAACCUCCACCUUUGUCGGUUGGUGGUGGCGCCCUGUUUGUGCGAAAGCCUGUUUUGGAAGUAGUGCGCGCCUAAAGUUAGGCAAACUGUUUCUUUGGUUGUGAGGAGGGGUUGGAAAACAGAUCGUGUGAGAGAUAUCGUUAGAAGGGAAGCCCACUUUUUAACGGUGAAAGUUUUUUUCCCCGUUUAAAUCAGAAAGGAAAAGCGAAAACGUGUGUGUGGUUUGGUGCGAAAUUUAUGGCUACGUGAAGGCAAAAAGAAAGCAAGUUUGCACGCCAUUUGGCGCCUAAUUGGGCUUUUGCGCCUGCAAGGGCGGCAACCCGGACAACAUCACCUCAAUCGAAAUUGAAAGAAAAACGUUGAAAUGCGUGCUGGAAAAGAGGAGGUUUCGUUUUUCAAAAUCGCACCAACAUGUGCACCAAGUUCCCGAAAAGGUGUCUAGUCGAAAAAGUGCCAAGCUUUGGAAUUUGUUAAGGGAGGGGUGUCCUUUCAGCGCCCAGUCGGUUAUUGUGUGUGAGUUCGAGAGUUCCUGGUGAAGUAGCGAGGAAGGAUAGACGGGUUUGGAGUGGAGCUUCAGGAGUGUGUCCAGGGGACAAACAACAAAUAAAACACAAAAAUGUCGAAGCUGAAACUCGUCGGCGGAAGGCCAAUCACCAUCGAUGAGGCCAUUGAACUUCGCCAAACAGUAUUCGGCUCGGCAGCCAGUCCACCCCGGGGCGAAUGGACCCGCACCGGGAUAAACUAUGGUGCCGCUAGUGGAGAGUACCCGUACGGGCUGCGGACACCUCGAAACGCGACCCGCGGCAUGCAAUCGGUGCUGCAGGCCUUCAUCAUCAAGUAUUUUAUAUUCGAUUGUAAGCCUAGAGAUAAGUCUGUCGUGAUGGAGGAGUUGCUAAAGCCCACCGAGGCGGAACAGGCACAGGCUCUGUAUCUGGCAAUCUCGGACAUUCUGUGGAACAUUGGUGAGAAGACCAAGGCACUGAUUGUUCUGCCCGGGGAGAAUUCGCUGAUUCCGCACAGCCACGCCUACUUCCAGGACAACGUCACCGAGAAGUUGUUCUUCUUCGAGUUUACCAAGCUGGACGAGAUGCAGAUCUUCAUGAAGCGGUACCUGCCCUACUUCACGGAGAACCCCGGUCCGGGUGCACUACUGCUGCUGUACAGCGCCGUGGUCACGCGUGGCAUGGAGAAUCUGCGAAACGAUCUGGACGCACCAAAGGGAGCACAUUUGAUGGGUCCGUACGAGGAAGGCUCAUUGAAUAUAGUCACUUUGAUGCUAACUGGCCGUGCCACGCCGUACCUGCACAACGGCGUUGUCUACGUCGGCGACGAGGACCAUUACGCCUUGCCCCAGUUUGGAAUUCUUGGCCGCGGAUCGAUCGGCCUUCUGGUUUGGGAGGGGGAAAACGAAGCGAUGCGAUCGGCCUCGCGACAGCCCGGAAGUCGGCUCAAAACUCCAGCCACGCCCGUUUGGGUGAGCUGUUGCUGCGGCCACUACGGUGUGCUGUUUAAUUCCAACCGGGAGUUGCUGCGGAACUACCACGCCGAGAAGCGCUUCGAGCUGCACUACUACACCUGUGCCGGAUGUUACAUCUCGAUGACCGUCGACAACCGCCAGCAGGAGGACGGGGCUGAUGAUGGGGAUGGGGACGGAGAGCGUAAGCAGAGUGACAUGGUGUCGACUCCGCUGGAGCGGUUGAUUCAUACCAAGUGGAUGGAGGCUAAGUUGACCUAUCACGGGCCGCUGCCGGCCUCGUUGAACUUUUAAGGGAUGAGGGAGCUGAGCAGUUCCGGAAGAUGUUUAGUCGCAUGACAUUUGACCUUGAAACGUGAGAUCUGAUGGAAAAAAAUCAGGGGUUGGCCGAAUUAGUUUCACCAGUUCAAUAUGGUAAAACUUAAGCUGUCAACAAGAUGGUCACCCUGAUCACACUCAAUUUAAGUAUUCAUUAGAGUGUGAUGGGUGAGCUGUGUUUUAGGUGGAUUGAUUGUGCCCAAAUAGAAUGUUUGUUUCGAUUUUGAAGUUUGGCCAAAAA